AAAAAAGGAAAUUGGAAAUAGCUAAGUAAAUGUGUGGUGCUUAUUGGAACAAAGAGAGAAUCUUUUUAAUUUGUUUAUUUUCUGACGAGAGGGCUAACCAACAAAAGCGCCUGUAGCUCAGUGGAUAGAGCGUCUGUUUCCUAAGCAGAAAGUCGUAGGUUCGACCCCUACCUGGCGCGCUUCCUUUUUUUCUCCUCCGAGACCUUUGGUUUUCCCUUAUUUAUUUAUUUUUUCUAAAACCCUAGCUCAGUUCUGAAACUGUCCUCCUUUUUCGGGAGACCAGAAGCAGCCAUGAAAGUCUUCAACGUCAACAAUGGAAGCACCCUCUCUCUUGCCCUCUUCUCCGAUGUCACCAACUCCAAGGAACUCUUAGAUUCUAUGCAAGCUGGAAAACUUGAACCAGAAGUUGCAUUUCUUAAUGCUUCACUUAUCCCAGAUGUUUUCCCUGUUCUAGCUUCUGCACAUAAGACACUGGUUGCCAAGUCGCGGGAGUCAUUAACAACACACACUCUUCAUUCUGAACUUGUUUACAACUACUCAGGAUCUAAACAUAUUACUGAAUCAUUGAAAAAAUGUGGCAUCUCUGAUAGCACAACUUAUAUCCUUGCAGCUCGAUUCAAUGCUAACCCUGAUGAGAUGAAAGCAGUAGAGAAGCUUAUUAAUGGGAAAGAGAUCGAUCUGGAAGAGUUGGAACAGAGAGCGAACCAAGCUCAGAUACAAAAGCAAUACAAAAUAUCCAGCGUGGAGCUCGGGAUAUCCUCUCUUGCAGAUGCUAUAACAUGCCGGAUUGCGGCACGGGAUGCCUUGUGAGUUUUUAUGAGGGAAGAUUAUGUUCUAGUUAAUGUUAGUACCUUAUAAUCUAGUAUCCUCCCCUAGUGGCUGGGAGCGUAGUUCUGUAUGAGAAAUGUAGCUUGGGGAGAAAAAGAAAAGCCAAGUAUUUGUAGGUACACAAACCUAGCCUUGUUGGAAAUCUUUGUGGCAAAGACGUAGGCAAAAACCUGGAAAAGGGUUUGUGAGUCAGAAUUCUUCAAUGUUAACCUACAUUGUUUGUUAGGGCUGCAAACAAACCUGGAAGAAGGGUUGUGUGUCAUACUAAGGUUUAUAAUAUUUUAGUAUAACUUACAAUAAUUUAGAUAUAUAUGAAGUUUGGUUAACCUAUAAAUUGAUUUACAAUUU